CGUGUCCACUAUACCCAAGUAGUCUCGCCAAUGUUGAUGCCACUACAGAAGCUCGCCAACCAGUUGGCCAUCAUCUAUUCCCUACCAGAUGCCUCUGCCUCUAUCGAACGACACGCAGCCUGCAAUAGAGAUGGCCAAUUUGCACGCUCAAUAUGUUGCGACUAUACACCACGCCCACAAGUCUCGGCGCAAGCUGGGCAUGUCUCGGUGGACAUUCCUCACAAGUCUAGCCAUCACUCUUUUUGUCUUAAUACUGGCAGCCCUCGCCGGGUUGGUGUUUAAAGCAAUCACCGCCUCAAGGUAUCAUAUCAUUGAAGGGGAGGUCAGGCGCUGGAAUGACACCAACGUGUCGUACAUGUAUGGCUACCCGUCGUCCCUGUCCCUGGACUCGCACAACGUUCAACUAGUGAGUUCUGCCACGGCGUUGCUCGUCGCGGUUGUUUUCACCGUCAUGAUGGUGUACAAUGUGCGAAAAGGACCAAUCGAGGUUUUGUAGACUACGCGUUGCGGUCGCUUCAGUCUCAUCGUCCUGCUGGGAAUAAAUACUAUCCUCACGACACUGGCAGUAGUUUAUACAUUUACACAACAUAGCAUGUCCGCACACUUGGAUC